CCUCACUCACCACUCAUUUUCACACCCCUUCCUUCUUUCCUCAAACCGAAACCUCUCCCUUCUCUCUUCAUUUUCAACAUUUUCUCCCAACUUCUUCAACUUUCAAUCACCAAAUCUACCUCAAAUACUCAAAAAUUUGAUCCUCAAAUUUGAGAUACAACUUACCCAUCACCAUACAAACAAAGAACAUUUAUAAAAAAUUUCAAAAAUCUAUGUAUAUAUAUAUAUACAUAGAUUUUCAAGGUUUUUUUUCAAUUUUCUAAACCUUUUUUCAAUUCAAGUAAGUACUCAUGAUCUUUAGAUGAAUUUAGGGGCUUGAAUCAUGAAUUUAAAGCAUCAAUUAAGGAUUUAAAGUUUAGAAUUUCAAGAUUAAAAGCAAGGUUUUCUCUGACAAUUUUCGACCUCUAUUAGGCACAAUUGAUGUUUGUGAAUGAUUGAUGAUAGCUAUUAUGCUUAUGAAUAAGAAUGCAUAGUACUUAUGAUAAUUUUAUUGCAUUUAUGCUUGGAUGCAUUGAUGAAUUUUUUAGCAAAGGUCAUGCCAAAAAAUUUGGCAUGGAGAAGAGUAUCUUUCAAAAAAUUUGAGCUUUCAAUGUUAAGCUAUGAUAGGGUUCGAAUCUAUUGAUAUAAGCUUUUGAAAAUUUUCAAUUAAGUAGGGCAUUGUGACUUUUCACUCUGAAUUUCAUUGCUUACUAGUCUUCUUGGAUCAAAUGUCAUGUCAUUUUACUUGUACCAACAUGACAAUCGAUCUUUUGGCUAAUCUUAUGACUUGAGCUUAGGGAUGGCAAUUUCGACCUGACCCGUGUUACCCGACCUGUUUGACUUGUUUUGGGGCGGGGCGGGCAUGGGUAGUCUCAUCGACCCGACCUUCCCUAACCCGCCCCAUUCUCGACCCGUUCUUGUCUAAUUUACAUGUAAUCUUAGUCAAAUUACUUAGUAUUUUCCUUUUAUUGCAUCAUAUUUUAGCUAUAAGAAAGUUGUAAAUUAGUAAAAACCUCAAUUUCUCCAAUAAUUUAACUGCAAUUGUCAUAAUAUUGUUUGUUUUCUUAGUCUUAUAAUAAAAAAAAACGAAUAUUUCUAAUGUUUUUAAUAUAAAUUGCAUACCCAUUGGGUCGACCUGCGACCCGUGAUCAAUUACCCGACCUGGACCCGACCUGCCACGGGGCGGGUCUGGGUACCAAGAAACCCGCCCCGGACCUGCCCCAUUGCCAUUCCUACUUGAGCUAUCAAUGUUCUAAUUUAUUAGGAGUGAUGGUUCAUACAAUCUCUACAUUUUGAGCUUGAAGACUUUUUAUUAUUAUAUUUGUUAUUAACAUCAUAAAAGAUUGAAUGAGUAUGCCACAUGUAGCUAUCUUGAUAAUACAUCAGAAGUUCUUGAUUAGCUUUUAGAAGAAGCAACACUCUUAAAUUGAAGGGUUAUUCCCCUAUUUAUCUAAACUAACUUGGAUUUUUUUCUAAUAUGCAGAAAAAUGAAGAAGGUAACUGAAUGGUUUGGUAGGAACAAGAAAGGAGACAAUGUUGCAUCUUCCUCACGAGGACCUAUGCAUCUUAGUCCACCUAGGAGAGAUCCAGAGCAUGCAGCUCCUAGGAGGUCUGCAUGACUCAACAGGAUGAAGCCUAUAGUCGAGGAGGAUGUGGAGUUAGAUCCGAGGAACUUGGAUUCUCAAUACCAGUUCGUUCGAAUCUCCUCUAGCAACAGAAGUAAAAGGUAUCACUGGAUAGCAAGAUAUCAUGAAGGAGAAGGGGACAGCUGCCAUAGGGGAUCGAGGUGCUCGAGACUGACAACGAGCUUGAGAUUCAGGAGGAGGCACCUGAGGCAACCCAACAUCCUUUGCUUCAGUUCCACUCGACAGUUAUAGUGUGAAGAAGAUCGAGAAGUAGAGAUACAUUCUUGUAGAUCCCUAAGGAGAGCUUGAUUAGCCAGACUUCAAUCAAUACCAAUGAUGAGGAGCAUCAAUGAGACAAGCUAGACGAGGAUGGUCUCUUGUAACUAUUCAGCAUCAGAAGCGAGAGCCAUGAUGUGCUCACGAAGGAGUUCCUUGCCACAUUGAUAGUAUCUCCAGCAAGAGCUUGAUCCAACUAUGCAUCUAGUAUAGAUUGGUGGGAUGAAACUUCAUUGACAGUUAUGAUGUCUUUGUAAGCGAACUAGGGAUUCUUGCCUAUCACACGAGAGGAGCACUCUUCGAUGCUACUCGUGGAGCUUGCUAGGAUCCAUCAGAGCAAACAAAAAUCUUCCGAGAGUUAUAGAAGACCAUCAAAAGGAAUCAAGAGGCUCAGUUUUCUACUGGUCAUUCGACAUCAACAUCCAUGCAUCCGCCAACCAUUUUUUAAGUUCGUGCAUUACUUCGGCCAAACUAGUUUUCACAUGAGGGAGAGAGGCUAUGCAGGCAAGGUGACCAUCAAUGACAUGAUUUAUAUCAUGCUCUUAUGCACAACUGGUGGCUAAAUCCAACAUGUUUGGUGUUGAAUAACCUUCUGAGAUACACCACCUUACUUCGAUGAGGGACUUCCAGGAGGUGGCUAUAUUCUCACUAUAGCCCAGCACAUUGAGGAUCAUCAAUAGGAAUUUGAUUUAGCUCUUUAGGAUGCUCUUGAAAGACAUGGUUCAAUAAUAAACAACCAACAUUCAUCUUUGGAGUGGAGAGGAUGACAAGAAAGAGAGUGGAUCUCGAUAGAAAUGAUUGCCCACACUACUCAGCUUGGAGGAAGGCUAAGAGACUAGCAGUGCACUUAGAGAGGAUACAUGUUCCUCAAGGCUAUGGAUCUGGACACCCACCACCACCACAUCAAUAUGGAGGCUAUGGAGCUUAGAUAGAAUCUUUGAGAGCAAUCGUGGAGAGACAGGAUCACUUACUUUUAAUACCAGACCCUGAAUGAGCAACACUAGGAUGUCGUUGAGAAAUAGAGACAGACUGACGUGAGGAACUCAAGCUUGGUUCUAGAGAGUAGAGACAGAGUAGCAGUGGGACCAUGCUUGGAUGCAAGAGUUUGGCCAAAAGUUCAACACCUUUUCCCUGGAAGUGGACCUGGAGGAAGCAGAAACUAGGAGUAUCAACCUAUUUGAGAACUAUUUUUUUCUUUCUUUUUCAUUUGAACAAUUCGAGUCUUUAUAUACACUCAUGGAGAACUAGCUACUCCUUAUGCAUUUGAAUAGUACGAAAAUCAAGGUAGCUGACUUGACUCUACUGUCACUCCAGGAAUUGGCCAAGUGAAACCACUUCCUAAAGCGUAGUAUAGCGGGUUUAGGUUUAAUUAUCAACCCGGGUCCUAGAUUUGAUGACUACUCAGUGAGUUCUUGUUAUCUAGCAAUAAAACUGGAGUGCAAGU